AUGGGUUUUUACUACGACCAAGGAUUUUACUACAACGGUUUUUACUACGACCAGGCCGCCCAGUCCACUCUCUACAAGCCUUCUGAUGGCUUCUACUAUCAGCAAGAGCAGAAUGGCUUCUACUACGAUGGGUUCUACUACCAAAACGACAAGACCAAGAAGGCUUUAGAUAACGGCGUCAAGGAUGGUUUCUAUUACAACGGUUUCUACUACGACGGUUUCUAUUACGAUAAGAGCCAGAAACAGGGCUUCUACUACGACAAGCAGCAAGGAUUUUACUACGAUGAGAAGGACGCCGUUCCGGCUUACAAGCCCCCAACUGGUGCUCCACCUUCUUUCCCCUCUCCACCAAAGUUCCCUGCUGGCCCACCACCAGCUGCUCCUGCCGCCCCAGCUCCUUCGGCUCCAGCUGCUGAUGAAGAUGGCGAGUAUGAAUACGAGUACUCUGACGAGUACACUGAUGAAGAGUAA